AUGACACAUAUGAAGAGUUUAGGCCAUAAUAAUGGAUUAAUGGAUGAGGAAAGAGCACUAUCGCUGGAGGAAAGUCUGGCAUAUGAUGGCACACGAGUUUUGUUGGAGGCAUUCAAUCUGAUAAUACAAUCGCAAAUAAAUUUUAGCAAAGCUCUGGAAAGUGAGGCUCCAGUAGUUGUUUCAACUGUCAAUUUGACCAAAAACCAUAUCGAUCCGACCUGUCCUACACUCAAACCGUUCAAAUUUGGUGAAGUCAUUGCAAACCAUCUAAAGAUUACGUCAACCACUGGCAUCACCGGUAAUAUCGAGUUUCACAGCACUGGUCUCAGAAAGAAUUACUCGAUCGAAGUCUUCGAGAUCACCAAUAAUGGACUCUUCGAGAAGAUAGCCUUGUGGUCGGAUAUUUCGGGUCUCAAAGUAUUGCAACCAAACAGGUAUCGCAUCGGUGGUGAGCCGACACCAACCAACCAGACUCUAACCUAUACCAUCACAUCUAUUUUAGAGGAUCCCUUCCUUAUGGCUAAACCGGAAAAGAAAGGAGUUGUCCUCAGAGGAAACGAUCGUUUUGAAGGAUAUGUUAAGGAUCUGAUCGAUUUAUUAGCUCAUAUGGUUGGCUUUGAAUACACUAUACAUUUGGUUAAUGAUUCCCGAUAUGGCGGAUAUUAUGGCAGUAAUAUUACCGAUGGUCGUUGGAAUGGCAUGAUUGGUGAACUGAUCCGCCAUGAAGUUCACAUGGCAAUCGCACCGUUGACUAUCACACACCAGCGUAUGUCUGUUGUAGACUUUAGCCAUCCGUUUAUGACGAGCGGCAUAUCKAUGAUGUUUAAGAAGCCUAACAUUACACCCCAAGACAUGUUCCCAUUUGUGCGACCAUUGAGUAAGGAGGUCUGGGCGGCCGUUGCGUUGGCCGUCGUUAUUGUUUCAUUCAUCUUCUAUAUCGUAUCGAAGUUGUCCUACGAUUAUGACAUUCAUGACAACAGUACMGACAAUAACACCACAACCGUAUCGUUAUGUUCCAGUCUUUCCUAUUCAAUCGGUGUCCUCGUCUAUCAGGUAUCCGGUGUUUAUCCGCACUCCAUAUCGAGCCGAAUAGUAUCAGUCGUUUGGUGGCUCUUUGUAUUCACAAUUGUUUCAACAUAUUUGGCUAAUUUGACGUCUAAUUCAGUGUUAAAUAAAAUGAAGUUUACGUUAUAUCAUAUCUCUGGAAAAUAUGAGUCAAUUAGCGAUGGAUUUCUUUAUUAUGACCAAAUGCCAGUACCAAUAGCAUCGGUCGAUGAUUUGGCCGAUCAGAAUGUCAUUGAUUUUGGUUUCUUAAGAAACUCGGCUACAGAAUCGUAUUUUAAAAAAUCAAAAUUAUCAAUAAUUUGGAAAAUGUGGAAAAAGGUUGAUGAAAAAAGUGAUCAACUUUUAGUCAACUCUUAUAGAGAAGGCAUUCAAAGGGUACGGGACUCGGAUGGACAGUAUGUCUUCCUAUUGGAGUCGCCGGUCAACGAUUAUAUUAACGAUCGUCAGCCAUGCAAUACAUACAGAGUGGGCAAAGAUAUUAAUAUUGUUGAAUAUGGAGUAGCACUGCCUAAAGGAUCGCCUAUUAGAGAUAAAAUAAAUGAAGCAAUUAUACAAUUGAAGGAAAAUGGAGAUUUGAAAAAAUUGCAAAAUCACUGGUGGAGGGAUAGAUCUCAAUGCAAAUACGUUGACAUUAAAGAUUUAUCCAACUCUAACAUAACGUUUGACAAUAUAAUCAUUGGUCUCAUUGUUUUGAGCGCCGGUCUUGUGUUAGCCUUUUUCGUGUCAAUCGUUGAACACUUCUGUAACCGAAAGAUCUCAUAUAAGACAAGACAAUCAAAUUAUACCAUUUCUAAACAGGAGGAACGGGAGGAAAAUAUUGAAGAUAUUGAAGACAAAAAUUCAGCCAAAAGAAGAAUUAUCAAAAACUAA